AUCAGACUGAACGCGAAAUGAUAAUGGGUAAGAAAAGAUAAAUUUAUGCCUUGAUAAUAGAGAUGCAAAGCAAAGGCAUUUGCUUACAAAAAAACUACUCCACUAAUACUACUAUAUUUCAAUAUUUUAAUUUAAUUAAUCCAAUGUUUUGUCCCUUUUCUUCCUUCUUUUCAUUUUCUUCACAUAGAUACCCACACGUGCCCCGUUACGAAUUGCUCUUGUCAGUUACUUUGUUGUAUUGAUUAAGGUUUUGUGGCGGUUAACGUCGGCAGCAUUUGGCCAGAAUUUGCAAUUGUACAUCAUAGAAUCUGAAAUUUCCUCGUAACGCGGUUAAGUACACGUUGCCGUGGAUUCUCGAAGACGUGUCAAUUGAGUUUAUAUAACCUUCGAAUCUUGAUUGCCCAUUUGUUGGAUUUAUGUAUUGAAGCUACUGGACAAAGACCCUUAAACAUCCAGGAGAGAUCUCCCUUUCUAAACUUGUAUCAGAAAAAGUUAAAAAAUAAAAAUCAAAUCUUUGAUUUGAUCCGGCGGAUUCCUCAGAAUCAUUGCGCCAAUCGCCUGUUGAGUAUUUGAAGAGAGAAAUAGUUGGAGCCCAGUUAAUAAAGAGGGUGUUUGCUUUUUUGAGCUAUGGUUAAGGAAACUGAGUACUAUGAUAUACUAGGAGUUAGUGUAGAUGCAUCCCCUGCCGAGAUUAAGAAGGCUUACUAUCUCAAGGCUAGAGUAGUGCAUCCAGACAAAAACCCAAAUGAUCCCAAAGCAGCUCAUAACUUCCAGGUAAAUAUUUCAGAUUUUCUCUUCAUUUAUUUCAAUCUCUUUAAUAACUUGUGGAACUAUUGAUCACCAGAUUAAUGCAGCUAGUUUCCGUGAAAGUACAUUUCAGCUGUAGACAUGCCCCUUUGAUUAGUGCCAAUGUCCUCCAAUAGUUUGCUUAUAGGCAUACAUAGGAUUGAGCAGUAAAGUUCAAUGUAAACCUUCAUAUUUAGCUUUCAGUCUGUAACGAUUAACUUAUGAGAUUGAAUUUUCUGUGAAGGUACUUGGGGAGGCAUAUCAGGUCUUGAGUGAUUCAGGGAAGCGUGAAUCAUACGAUAAGUAUGGAAAAGCUGGAGUUCUGCAGUAAGUUCUUGAACCUUUUCUCUUUCUGUCACUCACACUGAUACAGAUGGCAGCAUAAGGUUCUCUAAGUUCAAUUGAUGGCAUUUAGAGGUGGUCAAAUAUGCUUCUCAUCUAAGAGAAUAUUAAUUUUGUGUUUCCUAGCCUUAAAAUGUUCACACCUAUCUGGUGGAAUUUGUGGCAUUUCUUGUUUGUGAUGGUCAAGUUGGGUCUCAGACUCGUCCGCCUCAUGUGAAAACUAAAGUGGGCAGCAGGAUAUGUGUUGAUUUGGAAACUUACAAAUGACUUGCUGACUUCUGUCCUUUUACUGCUUUAGGGUCUAAUGAGACAAAGACGAAGAUAAAAAAAUGUUUCCUAUUCUUAUUUGUUUUGUUUACCUGUAACCAGGGAUACUAUGGUGGACCCUGCAACUGUCUUUGGAAUGCAGUUUGGAAGUGAUUUCUUUGAAGAUUAUGUAGGGCAACUUCGACUGGCUUCAUUGGCAGGGGUUGAUAUUGAUGAUAACUCUAUGAACUCUGAUGCGCGCACUCAGAAAAUUCAGGAAAAAUUGAAUGCAUUACAAAAGGAAAGAGAAGAGAAGCUUAUCGUGAAUCUGAAGAAUCGUCUUGAACCUUUUGUUGAAGGUCAGACUGAAGAGUUUGUAAAUUGGGCGAAAGCAGAAGCUCAACGCCUUGCCCAUGCUGCUUUUGGUGAGCCCAUGCUACAUACAAUUGGUUACAUAUACACAAGACAAGCUGCAAGAGAAAUAGGAAAGGAUAAAAGGUAUAUGAAGGUUCCCUUUUUAGCUGAGUGGGUGAGAGACAAAGGCCACCGAAUGAAGUCACAAGUUAUGGCAGCUUCAGGUGCCAUGUCUUUGCUUAUGUUACAAGAGGAACUCAAGAAAUCAAACCAAGGGGAAAUUUCUGAAGAGAGCGUUAUGAAAGCAUAUGAAGAAAAGAAGGAUGCUAUGAUCAACUCCCUUUGGCAGCUUAAUGUGGUUGAUAUUGAGUCAACUUUGUCUCGUGUAUGCCAAGCUGUGCUCAGAGACCCUAGUGUUUCAAGGGAUGUUCUUAAGUUGCGGGCAAAAGCUAUGAAAAAGCUUGGCACAAUUUUCCAAGUAAGAAGUUUUUCUCUCUAAGUUUUAAUUCAUAGGUAGCAUAAUUUUUGUACCUUCUUGCAACAAAUUAUCUAUUUAGUAUGUGGUGGUAUUUUCGGUUUUCUUUUGAUGCCUCCCAUGUGGAGAUUAUAUGUCUAAAUAGUAAAUCCCACGAACAGACAGAAAAAUGACAAUUUACUGGAGGGAGAGAAAGAACAUCGUGAAAGGAACUGAAAUUGAGUAUCUUGUAUGAUUGCCUCUACUUGUGAACGCUUCUAUGUUUGAUGGACUUAACAAUGAACACUUGUGGAGGUCGGUACUGACUGAUAACUUCUAAUGUUGUGAUCGCCUCUGUUUUUGCUUCACCUUCGGGAGAGGAAGUAGUUGAUCUGAAUCAAGAAAUUACACUGAAUAUGUCUAAGACUUAUGGUCAGUAAGUACAUCAUUGGAGGUUUAUACUUCUCUAACGAAAUGUCUAUUGUUGAAUAUUGCUUGUUAGGGUGCAAAGAGCAGAUACAGUCGAGAGACCAGUUUGCGCCACGAAAGCAACGAACUACACGGUCCCACAACAUCCAGAUCUAGCUAAACUCUCCUUUGGGAAUGGUUGUUACGGGUUAUAUACGACUCUUAUACUACUUGCUUAGACGCUGGAUGUCCCGUUGUCCUGUAUUUUUCAUAUGUUUUGUGCUCAUUUUUGGAAUGUUAGACUAGCUUAAUUUAUUGCGUAUGUAGGUACAUAUUUAUUUGUAUGUAGUUUGCGCGGACAAACUUGGACAUAUUAAUGCCCUCUUUUUUUGUGUGGCUAUUUUGCUUUGUUUAUUGAUUUUCUUAUAUGCAACACCGACCGCUUCUCAAUUUUUCAUUUGUUCGAUCAUGGUCGGUUAAUUUUGAUUUAAUCUUGUCACUAACGUCAAUACACAUACAACAAUUACAGGGAAUGGCAGAUAAGUAAAUUACAUCUUAGGAAUUUGAAAUUAUGUGAAAAGUUAAAUUUUACUAGUUAUAAAGAUACGAAGAUUCGUGCUAAGAAGGUCUAUAUUAUAUGUGAUUAUUGAAAUAGUAUCUGUUAAAAUUAUAUAUAAGAUGGAAAAUGAUAUCCAAUCAGAUGUAUUACAAAUCCACAGUAUCUUUUAUUGUUUUCAUUUUGUAGUUCGUUUGUACUAAUAUUAAUCCUUGAGGAUCUUUCACUGUCAGCAAAAUAUCACCAUCUUAUCUCUCACUAUAUAUUUUUUAUGCGUCAUACUUUAUUAGUGUUCAUAGUUAUUUAAUUCUAAUUUUUGCACCAAAUUAUUUAGUAUAUCUAAACUUUGAAUGUAUUUCUAAAAUUAAGUUCUAAUAUAUAUAAGAAGAUUAGAAGACAAGUAGACAACUCGCG